AUGUCAUUAAAGUCAGUUAGUAAUCAUAGCUAUUAACAACCUUUUACCGAGAGGGCUCCAAGAAAUAAUAUCAAAGUUCAUUCAUCCGUUUUAGAAUUUAAGCAAAACUACAAAAGAAUGCUUACAAAUUCUAAAUAUGGAAUUAAUUACAUGCAAAAGAAGGUUUUCUCUAAGCUUGAUCCUCUUUGA